ACACUGCCGAUCGAAACACUAAGCUCCGCAGACAAGCCAAGUCGACACAGGUUAAAGUCUACAAAUUGUCUACGACCGGCUUCAGACGUGUCAUAUCGUUGUCUGUGCCCACGCAACACGGCUACUAGCGACCAGCCUGAGAGGCACUGCAGUGGGUGCGGCUGAGCACUCGCUCCAUUUUAGGCUGAGCAGGCGGUUGGGUUGGUGAACGACUGAUCAACGUCAAGGAUUGCUAUCCUGUGUUUGACCGUGUUGCAGUAACUGAAGUUCACCAUGAAACUCUUCGAGGUUGUCCUCUUCCUGAGCUUUGUUGGAAAUAUUAUGGGACGAGAGUGCUAUGUGUGUGGCCCCGGUUCCAGCUGCUCAGAUCCGUUCACGGGCAGCGACUCCCUGAAGCAAACCUGCUCGUCGGAAAAAUACUGCUUCAAAGAAAAGAUCGAGUUCCAAGGCACCAGCUCAGUGACCAGAUCAUGUUCAGACUGUGCUCGGGACGGCUGCGUAUCGGUGGAGGCUGCAGGCGGUAGUGGUGUAGGCUGCUGCUGCAGCACUGAUUACUGCAACGGGGCUGGCUCGCUGGGCGUGAUGUCCACCCUGGCCACUGCAGUAGUGGGCCUUGUGGCCAUGGUCAUUGCUAGGUAUUAAGGGCAAGACAGAUGGGAAUGAUGCCACGAUAGCUGAGACCUUAAUCAUUUGUAGUGCUGUGACAAUGUGUAGUGUUCUGUUAUCCGUCGAAGUCUUUCAGUUACGAGCAAGGACAAUGCAGAGGGCGCCCGUUUUUGCACACAACCUAAAUAUGUAAAGGCCAAUUUACAGGCCUACUUCACGCGAACGCGGAAAUGCAGCCCAUUUAGUGCCACGAAACUUUUUUUGUAAGAAAUUUGCUCCAGCCGUUAAGCGUUCAACUUUUGCGAAUUUGCAGUACAAAUAUUUGAUUGAAUGUCACAAUGUCGCCGCACUUGCUGCUGCUUGAAGUGAGCACUGGCUUUUAAGUGACGGAAAUACACUCAUUUAUCUGAGAUGUUGUGCUAUACACUUAUUGUUUCGGCGACUAAAACAUUCAUCCACAAUAACUGUGAUCCCAUCCACACUUACCUGUUUUCGUCAGCACAUUAACGAGUGCACGACCUGCAAAAGGUUUGGUGUAAACCUUAUCGUUCUAAGUAUCCGAGUAAGUAUCUAUGGCAUGGCAUGCAGCAUUAAAAGAAGGUCUGCAGGUUUCGCAGUCUCAUCAAAUCGUUUUUCAAAAUGGUCGAACCAACAAACAAGCACGUUACGGGCCUAACGAUCCUCUAGGUUGAAGCCUUCCGAAUCAUGUUGUGUAAUGUUCUCAAUGAAUAAUCUUUGAAGUGACUUCUCUUGAAAAAUUAGUGUGACACCGUCAGAAAGGAACUUAUAAUCAAACAAGUAGAAAAUUCUAAGAGUUGGGACUGAGUAAAUACACUAUGAAGUCUUGAAUGCUUGUAACUAGCAUUAAAAUGGGUCUGAAAUACAUGAUGUAACUAUUUCCAGACUAUUAUUGGGAUGCUUGGGAACAGCUUUUGUAAUCAUAAAAUGCUAAAGAUAUGCAUAAUGAAAAAGAGGCCUUGCAACUAGUAAAGGAUAACAGAAAUGCGACUUCAACGCAGGUCUAAAUUUGGAGGACUUACAUCGAACCUCAUGAAGUUUUGAUGGGAACAAGUUUGCUCAUUCUAUAGCAAACGCGGGAAAACAGUCUUACAAGUCCGUUCUGUCUGAAUCAACUUUCAAUUAUUCUGUAAUAUUGUAAAACCAUGAUGUCUCUCAUGAUGUUGUACUCAAGAUAAAAACGUCAGUUACGCAUGAAUAAAUGAAGACCAAGAAAAAGUCUUUCGUUA